UCAUCUCCAUCCCUCUUCCUCUCUUAAAAUGGCAUUUUCACUUCCCUGCAGGGUCAGGCACCCAGCUCUGCAUGGGGGGAGCACAGGCUGGCAUGGAGACAUCGAUGGCUCUGGAGCAGUGUGGCACUGGGCUUCAGCUGCUCCCUGAUAACCAGAAGUGGGAAGAGGGGUCUACAGGUCUGGGCUGACCUCCUGGGAUGAGGGGCAUGGUGUCUGGAGGCUGUAUGUCCAGGAGGAAUCUCCCCACCACCCCAGGGUAGUGCACAUGAAUGAUGGAGAGCUGCACCAGUGCCCAGGCUGUCAAUACCCAUGUGAAACUGGUGCUUGGGAUGAUGUGGGUCUUCCCACAGGUGCUGUGCCAGGACAUGCCACCCUUCUGGUGUCUCAUCUUUCUUGGGGGCCUCCUGCCCCCCUCCCAGGGCCUCCUCAACCUGCUGAACGCAGCACAGCCCAUCGGUGGCCUGCUUGGCACUGGUCUCAUCGAUGGAAAAAGUGGGUUGCCUGGCACAGGUGCUCUUGGUGAAGGUGGGCUGCUUGGCACUGGCCUCCUGGGCAAAGGAAAUCCAAGUGGAGCAGAAAGUGGAGGUCCCCUUGGUGCAGGAAACGAACGCAGUGGAGCUGGGGUCCUUGGCACAGGCCUCCUAGGAGGACAACCUGGCAUCAAUGGGCUGCUCGGCACAGGCAUCCUUAGUGGGAAAGGCCUUGGCCCAGGCCUCCUUGGUGAAGGACUUGGCACAGGCCUCCUUGGUGGGGAAGGACUUGGUAAUGGCCUCCUCAGCAAUGGCCUCCUUGGCAAUAACAGCCUUCUUGGAGAGACAGGUCUGCUUGGCACAGGGCUGCUUGGAAAAGGAGGUCUCCUAGGCAAUGGAAGUCUGCUUGGACUUGAUGGUCUUCUGGGUGAAGCAGGAGGACUGCUGGGUGGAGCAGGAGGACUCUUGGGUGGUGGAGCCCCCCAGAAGAUGACACGCUACGCCUGGCUGAAGGUGCUGAACCUCGAGAACGCCCGAGUGUCAUGGAAGGUCCUUCGUGGAACUGAGCUUGUGCUGAACCUGUACUCGAAGCUGGUGCUCCGCUUUCCAGGGAUUUUUCAGUUUCUGAGUGGAUCCUCAGUAGAAACAAACAUCACAUCACACAUUGCCCUGACCCAGGACUCUCCCGGUGACCUUAAGCUGGUGCUUAAGAAUUGCAGCAACCUCCUUGGUGGCUUCAGUGUCAGCCUGCGGAAAGGCUUCCUCACCAAUCUGGUGAGCAGCAUGCUGAACAAGACUCUUAAGUCGCUUGUCCCUGCACUGCUCUGCCCAUUAGUGAACAUGUGGGUCAGCAUCAUCAACAUUAAUCUGCAAUUCCUCAACCGUGUCGUCUCCUUUGGGCUUCUGGGGAAAAUCUACUCUGCCCUCUCCAAACUGCCAGUGACAUCUGGGCACUAUGUGGAGCUGGAUCUGCAGAAUUCCCCUUUCCCAAGCACCUUCAUCGACUGGCUCCUUCAGACUGCAGGUGUCAAUCCCACGAUCAAUCCGUAGCUGCGGGACUGGCAGCGCCCUGGGGUCCCCCUACAGGCGAUUCCCAAGGAGGAGGAGGGAAGGGAGGAAAACGACUCAGUAGGUGGAGAAUAGACAUGAAAAUGGAGAAACCCAACCAAGAAAAGGAUCUUUCUUCUGCUGUACAUUUCAGCCUUCUCAGAUUUUGGUGUCUCUAUCCCGCCUGGAGUUAUCUGUGCCAAUGAUAAUCUGUGCCAACAGUGAGCAAUGUCAAUAAUUAGCCAUAUUGAUAAUUAGCUAUGUCAAUGCUCAGCCAUGUUGAUGACACUGUGACUGUGGAGGCAGGAGCCCCAGGUCUUGCCUGUGUCCCUCCUGGCUGUCAUGGCCACAAACCACUUGUUAUGGCACUCACUGAUGAAGGGAUGACCUUGAUCCUCUGGUUUUCCCUCACACCCAUCCCAACGUCACUUGGGCUGGGGUUUAGGGCAGGCAAAGGCUCAGCACAGAGGGGACAUUCCAGGUGCUGGAUGCAGACAGUCAGGCAGGGAUUUGAUCCCCUCAGGAAUUUCAUGAGACUGCUCCAACUGCCCAAAUCCUUCUGAGAAGGGAAGAGAGAAAAGGGAUGGAUUCAAUGAGCUGUAAACACUUUGUCUUUGCUCUCCUUCUGCUUCUUGAUUGGCUUACCAUUUCAAAAGGGAUUUUUGCUGUUUCCCGUGAUUUCAUACUGUUAAAAAGAGGCAAAAAAGCCCCCAGCCUAAUCCAGGCGCACACUCAGCCUAUUUGUUCCCAAACAGCGACGCUUUGAACUGAUCAGAGUGAAUGCUAUCCUGCCUUGUAAUCUCCAAGUGGAUUUGGACGUGCUGCAUUGUGGGUGAGGUGGAUUUGAGGAAGAUUCACACCCUUCUGUUACUCCUUACAAUAAAAAUGAUUUUUCU